AAUCGCCCUGGCUUGCCGAAUUUAUAAAUUUAAACACCGAAAUGAGAAAAAAAGCUUUGAACGAUUUUGAGAAAGACUUCUUCAAGCUUAUGAAUAAUAGUAUUUUUGGUAAGACUAUGGAACAAGUUAGACGAAGGAUACUAAUGGAGCUUGUUUCAAACGAAGAUAGAGUGCAGAAACUUAUCAACUUGACCACAUUUAAAUAUGCGACACCAUACAACGAAAACCUGAGUGCUGUAACAAUGGAGAAAAAAAUUAUAAAAUUCGACAAACCUAUUUAUAUUGGCUUAGCUGUGUUGGAUAUAUCAAAGACAAAAAUGUACGACUAUCACUACAACGUGAUGAAGAGGCAUUAUGGUGAUCAAAUCGAGCUGAUGUACACUGACACCGAUUCACUGGUAUAUUAUAUCCACACUGAUGACUUUUACGAAGAUCUUGCAAGGAACGCCAAUCUACUCGACCGUAUGGAUACUUCUAAUUUACCACGAAACCAUCCGUGUUAUAUUGCUGAGAGGAAAAAGAUCCCGGGUCUAUUUUCAGAUGAGACUGACGGCCAUAUUAUGACGGAGUUUUGCGCGCUCCGUGCUAAAUCCUACGCUUAUAAAAUCCAAGGAUUGGAUGAUAUGAAUGUGAAGGAGCAGAUCCGUGCAAAAGGCGUGAGGGGUCAUGUGGUUAAGAACCAUAUGACAUUUGAGGGUCAUCGGGCAUAUUUGUUUGAAGGUAUGGAGCCGGGUGUCAAUAAUAGACAGCUGAAUAUGUGUAUACGUUCAUUCAAACAUCAAUUGACGACUGUCCAGACCGAUAAAAUAAUAUACAACAAUUAUGAUGAUAAGAGGGUGAUACUAGAAGAUAAAAUCCAUACCCUAGCUCACGGUCAUUUUAGAAUAGAGGACGCAGAGUUGGCUGAAACUAUGGUUGAAAACGAAUUUUAGGCCUUGUGUAAAAUUUUUAAAAUACUCUGUACAUAAAUAGUGUAAAAUGAA